ACAGCGCUGCAAACCCUCCAUAUCUGCCCGGCAGAUGCAGUGAGAAGUCCUAUAUCUCCCAUUUUGAUCAUGGCAGAUCCAAAAUCAGUUCUGAAUCUUGCAGGAUUCCUGCUGUAUUUGGUGAUGCUGCUGGCACAAGCUCCAAAUUAAAAUAAGGUGUUGGCUGUUUUUGCUUUUAUCCUUCUGUACCAAAAAGAAAAGGAGAAGGAAGGGAAAAGCGAAAGUGUCGAGAUGUAAUUAAUAAUUGAUUAAAUAAAUGAAGCUGAUCAACUGGGGAUUUACUAGCUGGUAAGGGAAUAAACAAAGACCCGACGACAAAAAUAAAAGAAGGCCCUUCUAUAUCGAAGGGAAAGGAAGAAGCAACCACUUGCCAUAUGUUAAAAGAGAAGGGAAGAUAGUCAGCUUUGAGGCUAACUAUAUAACUAGCACCAAGCAACAUACCAAGAACAACAACAUACCCUUACUCAAGUUCUUGCCAUCGCUCAGACAUUCUCAGCAGUCUGAUCAAGCUUGAGAGAGAGAAGUAAGGGAAUUAUAAGCAGCACCGUGAGCUGCUACCACACACCAUAUUCUUACAUGACGACAACAAACAUUUCCCCAUCUUCAAUUGUUGUUGAAGUCCUAAGAGGUGAUAACUAUGAUGACUGGAGUGCCUGCAUGAAAAGCUACAUGUUAGCUCAAGACCUUUGGGAUUUUAUUGAGCCUAGUACUGGUCAUCAUGAAGGUGAUCAAGAAGUUGACUCUAAGCCUAUUGAUCAUCAAGAAGGUGACUCCAAGGCAUUGAGAAAAAAGAAUGCUGCAGCUUUACAUGCAAUUCAAAUUUCUUGUGCGCCAAACAUACUUUCCAAGAUUAGGAGCAUCACUUCAGCCAAAGUUGCCUGGGAUACUCUAGCCAAUUUGCAACGACAAAAUUCACCAAGCCACAAAGAGCAAUCUGUUGAAGCAGAGCCAUCAGAAGAUGAUGAGUCACUAGGUUUAGAGCAAUCUGUUGAAGCAGAGCCAUCAGAAGAUGAUGAGUCACUAGGUUCAGAGCAAUCUGUUGAAGCAGAGCCAGCAGAAGAUGAUGAGUCACAAGGUUCAGGAUCCGUGAGCUAUGGAAUCAAUGGUCCCUUGCUAACCCUGUACAAGUACGCUCAUAAAGGAGAUUGGGAUGCCACAAAAAACUAUCUUAGCCAAUACCCAAAUGCAAAAAAGGCCAGGAUUAAACCCUAUGGUAGAACUGCCCUUCAUGUAGCAGCUUGUGCUGGAAAUCUGACAAUUGUGGAGGAGUUGGUGAAGAUGAUGUCGGAAGAAGAAUUGGAAAUACAAGAUGAUGAAGGCAGCACAGCUCUUUUUAGUGCUGCUACUGUGGGAAUCACAAAGAUGGCAGAAUGUUUGGUGAGCAAGAACAAAAACUUGGUUACCUUUGUAAAUGCACAAAAAAGGAUCCCACUUGAUGGGGCAUGUACAGGUAAUAAUAAGGAUAUGGCUCUUUAUCUAUACUCUGUUACUCCAUUUGAAUUUCUUUGUCAAGGCAAUGGCCACCAUGGAUCUUAUUUCCUACAAUGUGCUCUUGGUGCUCAAAUGCUCGAUAUUGCUCUUGAUUUUCUCCAUCGCUGCCCACGUUUUGCUACUACAAUGAAUGAAGUUCUGAGGACGAAUGCUUUGAUUUAUUUGUCUAUGAUGCCUCAAACAUUCCCAAGUGCAAGUCGACUUGCAUUUUGGCAGCGAUGGAUCUAUUCAUGUAUUCCCAUGCAAUCAAUUGCUACAACUGAUGACAAUGUUCGUAUCAAUAUGCCUGAUCAAAGCCUAAGUGAGUCGAAGAACACUAUCCUCCAAGUGUUAAGCAAAUUGCGUGGGUUUGCAAUAAAUCUCCUCGCAUUCUUAGGAAUCAAACAAAUAUACGAUUUGAAGAAGAUCCACAUUUAUUCAGAUAAAAUUCUACGGUGUAUGUGUGAGUACAUAUCAACUCUGGAUUAUGAGGAAUACAUCAAGGCAGAUGUACAUAGAGCAUUCCACAAAGCUGCAAGGAAUGGCAUGGUUGAGUUUAUUAUUGAGGUGGUAAAAGCUUGUCCUCAUGUAAUGACGACUGCAGAUGGCAACGCCAGGAACCUAUUUAUGUCCUCGAUUGCAAACCGGCAAGAAAAAGUGUUCAGCCUUUUCUAUGGACUGGAGUCAAACAGAGCACGAUUUGUUUGCCUCAUGGAUAUCUCUAGAAAUACAAUGCUACAUUUGGCAGCAAAACUAUCACCUCCUUCUCAACUAGCUCGGAUCUCUGGUGCAGCUCUCCAGAUGCAGAGAGAACUACAAUGGUACAAGCCUCUGCAUUUCAGGCUAAAGUCUUUACAUGAAGAGCUGCUUCACCAAAAGGAGUAGUUUUCGCAUUUAUUGCAUCCGGAUGAUGGUUAAGAAAUCUUUUCGUGGCAUCCCGAUUCCAUUCAUGUGCAUGCUUAUUAAUUUCAGGCCAUUGAGUAUAUUCGUUCUGAAUGAGUCCUGCCAGAGUCAUGCUAUCAUUUUAAGAGAAGAAACAGCAUGGGCAUGAUUUUCAUUAAAAUUAUCUGUAGUCUUAGUUAUGUUUCAAAAGAAAUUGAAAAGGCUAAAGGUGUUUGGAGGCUCAACAACAGGCGCAGCAGCAUUGGUGUCUUCUAGAACAGCUU